CAGCUGUGAAGUUGGACCGAAACUUUUUCCGUCUCAAGAAGCGGCACCUCGCUGGAGCAGGAGGCUGCUGGUCGGUCGGUACUUGUCAGGAGUUAACCACAAGCCCGUCUCAACUUCAGCUGAUCCAAGUGACAUUAUGUCUUCCAUGUUAGAAGAGGAUCUCCUCUGUCCCGUCUGUCUGGACAUCUACAAGGAUCCUGUUUUCCUCCCAUGCAGCCACAGUUUAUGUAAAGCCUGCCUGUUGAACAUUAGGAGAGAGAGACGGGAGCCAUCAUGUCCAGUUUGUCGGAGAAGAUCUGCAGGUGGAAACCCACCAUGUAACCUGGCUUUAAGGAGGCUGUGCAACACCUUUCUGCAGGAGAGGAGCCGGAGAGCAUCGGAGGGUUUUUGCUCUUUGCACUUUGAAAGCCUGAAGCUGUUCUGUCUGGACCAUGAGCAGCCGGUGUGCCUGAUCUGCAGGGAUUCAGUAAAACACGCUGGACACAGAUUCAGACCAGUCAGUGAAGCGGUGUUAGAGAUUAAGCUUGAGCUUGAGCAAAACCUGAAGCGUUUACAAAACCGCAUGGCUGGUUUAAAAUGUUGCGAAGAACUCUUUCAUGACGGAGUGGAGCACUUAAAAAGUCAAACCCGAAACUCGGAGGGGAAAAUUAGGAAGCAGUUUAGGAAAUUUUUCCGGUUUUUAGCAGAUGAAGAGGAAGCUAGGCUAACUGCUGUGCGGAAAGAAGCGGAGCUGAAGAUUGGUAAAAUGGUGGAGCUGAUGAAGACUGUGAAGAAAAAUAUAUCAGGUCUGUCUGAAACAAUCAGAACCACGGAGGAUGAGCUGAACGCAGAAGACCUCUCACUCCUGCGAAACUUUAAAGCAGCAACAGAGAAAAUCCAGAACCAGCUCCGAUUGGAUCUGCCAGAUUUUCCCUCUGGAGUUCUCCUAGAUGAGGCCAAGCAUGUGGGGAACCUCAGCUUCAACAUCUGGCUCAAGAUGGAGAACGCGGUCACAUACACGCCUCUGGUUUUGGACCCGAACACGGCAGCUGCAGACCUGCUGUUGUCCGAUGACCUGACAUCUGUGAGGCGGGUGAAGUGGACCGUUGCUCCAUACAAUCCGGAGAGGUCUGCUUUGCUGUGCCACUCCGUCAUCAGCUCCAGGGGCUUUAACUCAGGAAUUCACAGCUGGGAUGUAGAGGUCAGAGGUGAAUCCUGGAAGGUUGGCAUGGUAGCAGAGUCAGCUGACGGCCCUGGUGUCGUAAAGCGGGAUUAUUGGGUUCUUCGUUUUAGUCGUGGCAAAUAUUCAGCAUGGUCUCAACGAAACGACCGCGUUGAGCCCAAAGUGACUAAGAAAAUACGGAGAAUCCAAGUCAAACUGGAGUGGGAAGCAGGAAAGUUAGCUUUUUCUGAUCCUUUAACAAGAACCGUCAUACACACCUUCACACACACUUUUACAAAUAAGAUGUUUCCAUUGUUUGACCAGGGGACUAAAAUUUUACCGUUGAAGGUAUCUGUGAGGGGUAGGUAUUAAAACUCAAGCUACAGAAAAUCACCGCCUUUCCUUUGCUUCAGUGUUUUUUAGUGAUUUGUAUUUUAUUGCUCUAAAUAACUUUACUCUUCUCAGAUUUUUGUCUGUCAUGUUUGAAGUGAAUUUGAUUGUGUAAUUCAAAAUUGUCAGAUUAUACAGUAACAAGAAAACUUCUUCAAAUUUACUUUCUUUGCACUAUCUCUUCAAAUUAUUUCUAACUUAUUUACUGAUGUAUUAUUUCAGAGUUUGUCAUGUAACAACCAAGAAAUGUGUUUUGUUACUCCUUUAAGUGUUUAUUUACUAUUAUCUGCCUCUUGUAUGUUGUGAAAUAAAAUCAUUUUUAUUCCCAUUUAAAUCAAAGUCAGAGUUUUUCAUUCCUUGAGGAUCUAAUCAACUGUCAUCUGAAUUCAACCUUUAGUCCAGAACUUUCAUGUGUCAAACAUAAACAUUUGGAGGUUUUUAACGUGCACUAAAGUAUGUUGAAUAGAGGAUAUAAUGGGCCUGACCAGUGAAGCCCACUGACAGAGAAAAUCAACAUUUUAUCACACCUAUCUAAAUGGUUGCACAUUAAAAAACAUAGACACAUUCUCAUUAAAUUAAGCUGGAUAGAUAUUUUUAAUGUAAGUAGGUAUUUUAAUAGCUGCACAGUAUUCUGUUGUAUUUCAUCCAUCCAUCCAUUUUCUAACACCCUUGUCCCUAGUGGGGUCAGGAGGGGUGCUGGUCUAUCUCCAUCUAAAGCUCCAGGCGAGAGGCGGGGUCACACUGGACAGGUCUCCAGUCUGUCCAGGGCAACACAGAGACAGACAGGACAAACAACCGUGCACACACACUCACAUCCUUACAAAAUAUCCCAUGAAAAUCAAGUGAUCACAUGUGGUACCCAUGUUCCACAUUUGGUUCCCAUUUUCCACAUGUGAUAAAGUAUU